CUUGUUGUGUCUUGAUUGGAAAAGUUGGCUGAAAAGAAAAGAACGCUCUAAAACUACCCACGGAUUCAACCUUUAAUUACAAUCUGAGGAGCCACGGUUCUGAAACAACUAAACGAGAACUAUUUCGUCACUCAAGAACAUUUGGAAAACUUUCGAAGAUUCUCAAAUGGGAUCUAACAUCUGUGAAAAUUUGUGGCAUAUUUUCCUUCGGUGAAAUUGUGAACCGCUACUAUGGAUUGCGUAGUUUGCAGCCUCACACAGGCGUCAGUCCCGGGAUAUCUGCGCAUUGUGGUUCUCUGUUUGAUGCAGUUGAGAGCGCUUGCCCAGUUAGCUCCAGAGUGCUACCCGGGAGGUUACCGCAUGUUGAGAAACCCGUAUCGCAGCGUGGACUUUGACUCCAGUGACCUGCAGAACACUGCUAUACAGGACCUGAUCUGUGAUCACUCCCUCUCCCCAGGAUGGUACCGCUUCAGCAUUAACAACAAGCCUGCAGAGAUGCCCACCAGCUGUGUGGAAAUGAACAGAUGUGGCACCCAGGCGCCUGUGUGGCUGUCUCUCACUGAUAGCUCAUUGCCCCGCCCAGGGGAGGUCCGCCAGCUCUCGGCCUGUGCCACCUGGCAGUUCUUCCACGGGAGCACCAAGGACUGCUGCCUCUUCCGCAUCCCCAUCUCAGUACGCAACUGUGGGGAGUUUCUCCUGUACUACCUGCAGCCCACCCAGGGGUGUAUGGGAUAUUGUGCCAAAGUCAUAUCAGAAUUUGGACCUAAAUUAUGCGCCACAGGUGAGGUGGAAGUCAAUGGGCAAUGCAAAGCAAGUCUCCCUGCAUUAUCCUACAAGCCUGUGAUCACCCCAGAGCUGGUGGGCAGCAGUGUCCACCUGCGAUGCACCUUCAGUGGGGUGAAGACUUCGGGACUCCCCUUGGGCUAUCUGGUGGUCUGGGCCCGACACCUGGCAUCCAAUAUGAAGGUGGAGAUCAGGAAAGAUUCUAUCAUGGAGACCUUCUCAUUGGUGGAGAUGGACGGAGUCCACUUCAGACUGGGGGAGACGUUCUCCUGCAGUGUUUCCACGUUACUGGGUAACUCCAGCCGGACACAAUCUCUGGCCAAAGAGAGUGAGAGCUUCUACGCUGGAAUUAAGUUUGUUCCAGAUGUGCUGCACAUUGCAGAGGAUGGAAAAGAGCAUGCUGUAACCAUCCACAGUACAGUGCCUAUCCCUUGUUACGGGACAGAGCAUGGCCGACCAUGUGGAGUCACUCUCACUCUGAGUGUCCGUGACUCAGACAGCCUGGAUCCCAGCGUGGAGGCCCCCAACAUGGCCCUGUCUACCUGCCAGGUGGAGCUACAGCCUAGUGCAGCCUGCAGCCAGAGACAGGGGUGUGCCUGGGCCAGCCUCACCCUCACCGCCGUCACAGACUUCACCCGCGACGGCAACCGCCCCAGCCUACUCAGCGCCACGCCACGCUCUGACGCACCGCGCCUCUGGAGGGGAUACAGCCCCACACCUCUCAAGGUCACAGUUCAAGAUGUUCCCACUGCAAGCUGCUACUCUCUGACUGAUCCACACAUCAUUACGUUGGAUGGCAGACGCUAUGAGAACCAACAGACGGGUACCUUCCUCCUCUACAAGAGCCUCCACCGAGUGUUUGAGAUCCAGGCUCGUCAGUGGGACUGUGGCAGCCGCCAUUACGCUGUGUCCUGCAACUGUGGAGUGGCGGCCAGAGAGGGAAACGAGGUGGUCAUGCUGGACAUGUGUAAUGGUCAGCUUCAGGAGACCAGGCCCCAGCUCUCUCUGAAGAACCUGGGAGGAUAUAACAGAGGCUCCAGUCAGUAUCGGAUCAAGAUCCAUGAAUCUCACCAGGGGAAGAAAAUUACAUUGAUCUUUCCAUCUGGGGCCUUUGUAAGGGCGGACAUCAGUGAUUGGGGGAUGAGCCUGUCAAUCAGAGCUCCCAGUGUGGACUAUAGCAGUACCACGGGACUCUGUGGGACGUUCGACCGGAACGGUCACAACGACUUCCAUGGACCUGAUGGGACCACCUAUGGGAGCACUGAACAAGAACGCUUUGUGGAGGAAUGGAGGCUAGCCGCGGGGGAGAGCUUAUUUGACACCAUGCCCCCUGUAAUGGAGGUGGAGGAACUACGGCCUUUCUGUCGGUGUCAGGAGGGCUACAGCAUGUCUCUGCAUUUCACCACGGGCCACACCGGCGAUAGCCACUACAACUUUAACCCCUCGUCACCCCAGCACCAGGCCCAGUGCCAGUCUCAUGACAACGUGGAUUAUACCUCUGUCUUCCCCUGGGUGGACACUACCACUGAGUACAUUAGGAGCUCUGAGCCAGAACAAAGUGACCACCAGGGAGUGUCCAUCCUGAACGGCCCAGCUCUGCCUAUGGAGAUACACAAACAGCCGAGUUCCCAGAUGGUGGACUAUGGUGGUUUUGGGGACCACGGUGAUAAGAGUGAGAGAGAGGUUGACAGGGAGCUCAGAAGAGAGUUCCUGGUUGCCGUAGACGACAACAGGCCCAAGACAAAGAGACAGGCGCUGUACGAGUUCCAGCCCAUCUUCACCUCACAGUCCCUGAGCCAAGCGGACCUGGAGAGCUUAGCCUAUUUCUUCCCUGAGGACCACCACCUGUCUGCAGAGCGACCAGUGGCCCAGCCUGUGUGGCCCACCCCGAGUGGGCUUACCUCGGUCAAGGCCCUGGAGGUGUGCCAGCUAGCCCUGGGGAACUCCACGGUGGGAACAGUGUGUAGAGGGCUGCUGGGCCGGAGGCUGGAUGAGGCAGUGGACCUGUGUAUCCUGGAUCUGCAGCUCAAGGAUGACCUGGCCUGGGAGGAGGCUCUGGUGCACUACCUGGAGAACGAGUGUGAGAGGAGGCUAUUGGAGAACCGGACCCAGAGGGUCCUGGAGCUGGGAGAGUCCAGGGCUGGGCUGGAGGGGGUUGAAGGGAUCAUUGGGACGGUACUCACCGCACUGCGCUGCCCCAACUUCUGCAACGGGAAUGGCCAGUGCACUGAGUGGGGUUGUCAAUGCUAUCCUGGCCACAGCUUCUACGACUGCAGUCUGGCUAUCAGUCAGCCCGUGGAGUUGACAGACCUGGAGAACAGUGGUCUGUGUGACAUCAGAGCGUUCGACUGUCGCAGCGUCCGGGUCUUCGGCCUCGGCUUCAUCGACUCUCCCAACCUGGGCUGCCACCUCACACGACUGAUGUACCUGAAUGGUGAGCGGGUUCCGCGAGAGAAGCAGAGGACCAGAGCUACCUUCCUGAGCUCCAAGGCUUUAGACUGUUCUGUCCCCUCACUGAACAGCAUGAUGACUAUCAACUCUGUAGACUUUAUGGUGGAUGACAAACCCUAUGCUCGCUGGGAAGUCAAGGUGACCAAUGACGGCUCUCAGUACAGUGAGCCUAAGUUGCUAACAAUCUACGAUGGUGUGUGCCAGGUGUGUGAACCAACCCACUCCGGACUCUGUAAGUUAAAGGAGAGGACAUGCAAUAUAGAUGGAAUGUGUUUUGCUAAAGGAGACUCCAAUCCUGCCAGUCCCUGCCUCCUCUGUAAUCCAAACAUAUCCAAAUUCACAUGGUCCGUAAAUGAAGUCAACCAGCCCCCCAACCUGCACCAGCCUCAGGGGGGCCUCAGCACCUUCGCGGGGGAGAACUUUGUGUUCCAGUUCACGGCGGCGGACCCCGAGGGCUCGGCGCUCCUCUUCCUCCUGGAGCAGGGCCCUCCCGACGCCAGCCUCUCCCCCGCCGGCCUCCUCAUCUGGAAAGUCCAUCCAGGGGAGACACAGGGGAAGUCUCGGCAGAGCUUCGAGUUCACGCUGUCCGACGAGUGCAAUGCCCAGAGCAGCUACACCGUCGAGGUGGCUGUGAAACCUUGUGGGUGUUUGAACGGCGGGACGUGCGUGACCAACGUGGCCUUCCCGGCGGGCAGCGGAGAAUACCUGUGUGCGUGUCCCCAGGGGAUAGGAGGGGUCCUGUGUCAGGAGGACUUUGACGCGUGUCUUUCGGCUCCAUGCGGUGCCGGGGUGUGUGUUGAUACCGUUGAUGGCUUCCUCUGUGAAUGCCCUGCAGGCCUGAGAGCAGCUGUACGGUCAAUCCCCAUUGUCCCCAGUACUGGACCCACCACUGUCCCUACCACCACCACCACCACCUCUAAGUCCUCACCCAACAACAGACCAGACCAACACAAUCCACCAAGGAUGGACACUGGCCGACCUGGAAUCGUACCAACCAAUCAGCCUGGACUCCCACAACCCAACAUGCCUGGAGUUCCAGAGGCCAACAGGGCACCUGUCAAGGCCCCAGCUUGUGUUCCAGGCUUAGGGCUAUCAUCCCAUGCAGGAAAUAACAACAAUGUGACAGGUACGUGUGCCAGCCGACCGUGCUUCCUGGGGGUCCAGUGCAUCGACCGACGUCCACCCUACACGGGCUAUGUCUGCGGGCGCUGCCCACCGCCCCUCAAUGGCAACGGACGCACCUGCACCAAAACCGCUCGAGGUAACCCUCACCUGACCCAGCAGCAGCUGACAAUAGCCAAGAGCAGCAAACUCUACCACCACAGCAACAGUAAAGUGUCCCAACUCCACCUUCCCACCUUGCCCCCCAGGCACGCAGUCAAACAUCUCUCCUCCCUCUCCUCGCCAGUCUCCAGGGGAGCCUAUCAGAGCCCCCCGCACCUUCCCCUCUCGCCCGCCCGAGGGCCAAUCACUGGGUGGAGAGAGGCAGCCACACCCCUAUUUCCUAGACACACCCCUAUGUCACCUGAAGGUUCCAACAGCCUCACCAUGGGCAGGCAUCAUGCCAUCAGUGCCCUCACUAGGACUCGUGCCAAAACAGGUGCCAAAGCCAGCGCUACCUCACUCAAGGUGACAACCAGAGAGUCUGUAGCUGUCGUGCAGAGUGCCACCUCUUCCAAGGUUACUCCUCCAUACUCCACCUACCCCAAGGUUACUCCACCCCAAUCCAAGGUUACUCCACCCCAAUCCAAGGUGACUCCACCCCAUUCCUCAGCCAACACAGAGUCCGGGCAGACAACCCAAGGGAAGCUCAUAAAUGUGGUAGUGGUGCCCACCAUGACCAAGCCCUGGACCCUCCCUAAAGCCGUGGCCCCACUGACUGCAGCCCUCUCCUCCAUUACCUACUCCCUCUCUGAGUCCGAGUUCUCCGCCGACGGAGCACUGACGGGGCCUGGCUCCAACCCCUCUGACCUACCUGACCACCCACAGGAACCCCUGGUCUCCCUCGCCCUCACCACCCCUGCCCGGAAGCACCACUACACUCCCCCCCUCCACAGGGCCACGUCUCCCCACCUCCACCGUGGGACCAGGAUCAGUAAUUCUGUGGCAGUGGAGCGGGAGCGGCCUCUGACCUGCGCUGACAUGCCCUGUUUCCCAGGGGUCCCCUGUGAACCCACCAGGGACGGGGGAUUCCACUGUGGAAGGUGUCCCCUGGGAUACACCGGAGACAGACAAACAUGCAGAGCUGUGUGCAGGCAUGCGUGUGGCAGGAACAUGGAGUGUGCCGCUCCCAACACAUGCCGCUGUAAACCAGGCUACACCGGGACCAACUGUCAAACAGCGAUCUGUAAACCUGAGUGUAGGAACGGAGGACAGUGCGUCGCCCCGGGGACGUGUGAGUGCCUGAAAGGCAACCACGGGGAGACGUGUGAGACAGCUCUGUGCAGUCUGCCCUGUGAGCAUGGGGGAACAUGCGUGGGACUCAGAACCUGCUCCUGUCCCUACGGCUUUGUGGGCCCCAGAUGUGAGACCAUGGUGUGUAACCGCCACUGUCACAACGGAGGAGAGUGUGUGUCUCCUGAUGAGUGUUCCUGUCUGCCUGGCUGGACCGGACCCUCCUGUGAGACAGCUGUGUGCUUCCCUAUGUGUCGGAACGGAGGGACUUGUCUUCGUCAGGACACGUGUGUCUGUCCCCGAGGCUUCUACGGCGCCCAGUGUCAAAACGCUGUCUGCAGCCCUGCCUGUAAGAAUGGGGGCGUCUGCAUGAGAAACAGCGUCUGCUCCUGCGCCGAGGGAUACACCGGAUGGCGCUGUGAAAAAAGUGUGUGUGAGCCCAUGUGUAUGAACGGCGGGCGGUGCGUGGGUCCAGAUGUGUGUGACUGUCCAUCUGGAUGGAGAGGAAAGCGGUGCGAUAAACCCACUUGUCUACAGAAGUGUCUGAAUGGAGGAGAGUGUGUUGGCCAUAACACUUGCCACUGUCCUCCAGGCUGGCAGGGCAUGCUAUGCCAAGCCCCACUCUGUGAACAGAAGUGUCUUUAUGGGAGCCGAUGUAUCCGCCCUAAUGUCUGUGCCUGCAGGAAAGGGUAUUCAGGGGUCUUGUGUUCCCAUAAGCUCCCAAUUCCACGAGGCUAAUGGAGAACUGGGAGCUAUGUACUGAAGAAGCUGGGCUGAAACAAGACAAUGAAACUCCUAAUGGAACCACCACACUGACUUAGGAUGCUCAAUGCCCACAGCUUUUGUUUCUUCAAAAACAACAUUGUAAUAUAUGGCACAAUUCCAAACAUUAGGAUCUGUACAUGACCAAUGUAUGUAUAAUAUUUGUAUAUUUUUUUUUCUUAGAACCAAUAAUACUGUAUUUUAUCUAUUAAAGUCUGGCUUUAAAAAAAAAGAUUAAAACAAAGCACAACACUGUCACCAUUGAUAAAAGAACCAAUAAUACUGUAUUUUAUCUAUUAAAGUCUGGCUUUAAAAAAAAGAUUAAAACAAAGCACAACACUGUCCUUUUUACUGUGGAACAAACUCAUCAAGUUGGCAGUUUACGAUCAAACUAAAAACUCACUUGGAAUUGUUAUUUAUUUGGUUGUUUUUAUGUUUUAUAAUUUCAUACUGUUGUAAAUAUCAUCAAAUAGGUUUUUGCAUUACUCACAAAUAAAACCCAGGCAAUGUAUGAU